GAGUUCUUGUAUGCCUUGUGAUAGGAAACAGACCAAUAAGAGAUACGUGUUUGGUCCGUAUACGAGCGCUUGGACGUAGCAUGUAACACAAUCGAAUUCUGAACGUGGGGUGCAACGCCCGGGCUGAAGUUUCAUUCAGUGGAGAGGCCUUUGAGCGACCGAGAGGGACACCGGGUUGACGUGGAGGCCCUUGUGUAGCCACGAGGGAGACCCGGUGAAAGGAAAGGCCCCUGCACAAGUGGAUUGGAGUCUUGGUGAGUGGACAGCAGGGCACCGCGGAGGUGGAACUGAAGUCCAGUGAUUGUGGCAGAGGGGAAUGUACAGUACAGCAAGGCCGUGGAGGUGUUGGGGCGAUGAAAGUAAAUGAGGAGGAAGAGAUCCUCCAAGAAGAUGUGUGGCUGCCUCCAAGUUGGAACUGUAGACUAGAAGCUUGAAUUAUAGAUGUUGGAGGACAUGGACUCUGCCAUGAUCAUGGAGUUUCAAAAAGUAGGUGAAAUGGAAGCAGGAACAAUUCACAUCAAAGAAGAAGAUUGUGAAUGGGAGAUUGUGCGCCUUACAGAAGAGGGUCCAGAGAAUUAUGAAAGUGAAGAUACUGUUCUUAAAGCAGCAAGGGAAAAAGAAGGCGACAAAGAAGAGGAGGAGGAAGAAGAUUUUGAGCAACAGUCUGUCUGUGUUAAAGUCGAGGAUUCUAGUAUAGAACGUGCAUCAGCUGAAAAGCAGCCUGAAACCUGUUUUCAAGACAGUGGUAGCUGUUCCCCAUCUUCACUUAAUCAGGACUCUCUUCAGUGCAGCACAGAGCUAGAAGAAUGUAAUGAUAAUGUGAAGGAGUCAACUUUUGGAGAAGAGAAAGCCGGAGUCUCCUCUUUCCAUUGCAGCUCUCUGUCUGAUGCAGGGAUUACAGGGGGAGAUUCCCUGAUAUCUGAAGGACAUGUGUAUUGCAGAGGUGACAUGACGUAUUAUAUCUGCCAUGACUGUGGAAAAAGUUUUAAGAACAAAUCCUAUUUUCAGCAUCAUCUUAAAAUGCAUGCUGCACACAAGGCUUUUGCUAGUGCUGAAUGUGGCAAACGGUUCUCUCAAAUACGUAAUCUGCUUACAAACAGAAGAAUUCACACAGAAGAGAGAAAAUAUUGUUGUCCUGAAUGUGGCAUAGAAUACACACACAGAUGUGAUCUGCAGGAACAUCUAAGAGUUCACACAGGAGAUGACAAAUCCUAUUGUUGCACUGAAUGUGAUGAGUGUUUCACAGAUCUUAACAAACUUGAGAAUCAUGAGUGUACACAUGCUGGAGAGAAACGAUAUGCUUGUUCUGAAUGUGGCAAAGAGUUCCGAGAGAGAAAAUCCCUUAAAAUCCAUCAGAAUAUUCAUAUGGGAGAGAAGCCGUAUUGUUGUGCUGAAUGUUCAGAACGAUACUCGGACUUGAGAGGUCUUGAGGAGCACAUGUUGACUCACUCUGGAGCGGAAGCACACCAUUGCCUUGAAUGUGGCAAGCAAUUUGCACUCAAAAGUGAUCUUCAGAAACACACCAUAAUUCACGGUGGGGAAAAUUGUCAUGGUUGUACAAUAUGCGGUAAAUGGUUUUCAGAAAAAAAAUCACUUCAGAUACAUCAGAGAGUUCACAAUGGGGAAAAGUCAUACAUCUGUUCUGAAUGUGGAAAACAGUUUUCUCAAGUACGAAGUUUUCAGGCACACACAAGGAUUCACAGCGGAGAGAAGCCAUACUGCUGCAUCGAAUGUGGUAAACAGUUCACAGACUUCAGCAGUCUUAAGAAACAUGCAAGAAUUCACAGUGGUGAGAAGCCACAUUCAUGUUCUGAAUGUGGGAAACGAUUUAUCUACAGGCGAGAUCUCCAGAGACACACAAGAAUUCACACGGGAGAGAAGCCGCAUUGUUGCUCCGAGUGUGGUAAGCCAUUCUCAGAUAUAAGAAAUCUAAAGCAGCAUAUCCUAACACACACUGGAGAAAAGCCACACUGCUGUUUCGAAUGCGGCAAGAGAUUCACACACAUAAGUGGUCUCCAUAAACACACGAGAAUUCACACCGGUGAGAAGCCAUACUCCUGUUCUGUGUGUGGCAAAGAAUUCUUCCAGAUAAGCCAUCUGAAGACCCACAUGAGAAUUCAUACUGGGGAGAAGCCAUUUUGUUGUACUGAAUGUGGCAAACAGUUUUCAGAGAGAAAAACUCUUCAGAUCCACCAGAGAAUCCACACUGGAGAGAAACCAUUUUGCUGUUUUGAAUGUGGUAAGCCAUUCACACAUAAAAGCAGUCUGCAGAGGCAUACCAAAAUUCAUGCUGGAGAGAAGCCCUAUUGCUGUACAGAAUGUGGUGAGCAGUUCUUCCAGUUAAGCAAUCUUAAAAAACACUCAUUAGUUCACAGUGGAGAGACAGACUCCACACAGGAUUGUGCAUCAAAUACAAAAUUCUGGUAUGUGACAGAUAUUGGUGUCAUACACCAGAAGGAAUAAGGAAGCACUUGUUAUCUAAAAUAUACCAUCUACAACAGACAGUAAACAGGGUAUACUGGUCCAAGAGAAGAUAAAUUCUAAUGAUGAUUGAGUCUUCAGUCCUGUGUAACUGUUUUGUGCUACAGGUGACAAAAGAUAAUUUGCAAAAUAUCUUGAUAGGGGACAAAAAUGUGUCAAAAGCUCUCCUAGAUUUACAGCAUUUAUUGAGAAAACCACUUUGAAAAUUUGGUGCCAUCAACAGUUGCUGUUCAAAGGGGAGAAUACAACUUCAAGAGAAUGAAACAAAACCUGUGUAAAAAGACUAAAUGGCUUUGAUGGGACAGUCCAUCCAACUAUGAAGCUCUACUGGCAACAGAACCCAAAUCAAAUCUGGAAGCCAUAAGAGGUACAAUAACACUUUGACCAUAAUCACCUGUGCUAACCUGCACAAGGAUGAGAAUCUUGAACGUGCUUUUUGCUGGGUGGGUUUCAGUGCAGUGCACCUAUACUAAUGUUUGAGGCAAACAUUUUCAGAACAGCAUAAGUACAACAGAAUAUCUCAAAAUUCCUAGUAUGAGAAGGUGCCUAGCUUUUCCCCUGAACUAGGCCAGGCAAAUUGUGAAAGACUAUGUGUGAUGUCAUUACUGUAUCACAAUUCAUUACUCGACCACAGUGCAAGACACAAAGCUGUGCAAACGGAAAUUUAAGUGUGGUUGUUGGUGCUACUGCCUACCAUUUUCAGCAUCAUUGGCUACUUUCCACAUUCAGAUAGCGACUAAGUGUAGUAUACGUGUACUAUACAUAGUUUUCUCAUUGUCUCCAUGUGUGCGCCACUUUGCUCUCACAAUCAAGGGAUAUGUAGAGUAAAACUAAGCCAAGCUCAUGUGAUAGGAUGACAUCCUCUCCUGAGUUUGUUUUUGUCAUGGUGCUUGAUGCCUCACUUCAUUAGAAGUUUUCUGGUAGGCUGCUUAUUUUAAAACCAAAUACCAACAGUGGCUGGUUAUAUUGUCCUGGGGGUUAGAGGAUACAAUUGAUGUUUUCCAUUAUUUUUUUUCAUAAGCACUAUGUACUUCAGCACUUAGUCGCCCCGUUCUGUGAGUGCAGGGUCUGCCACUUUCAUGGCUGUGCUGUUCUUGCUCCUUGACACUUCUACUUCAGAAUCAUAGCACUUACAGUUGGCCAGGACAAUGUUUGUCAAUGGAGAUUGCAUAGCUGUUUGCCUUAAUUUAUACACCUGUUAACCAGUCAUAUGGAGGAGUGUCUAUGUACGUUUGGCCAUAUAGUUUAUAUCCACAUAUUGGUUGUAUUUGAGAAUUUAACAGCUAACAUUUCAAACCAAUGCUUUACAGAUAUCCUGAUUUAAGUUUUCAGGCUCCCUUUUAUCAGUUGGUUUAAAACUGAAAUUAGUCUGUGCUGCUGGCUUUAAAACAAUGUCCAUCUUUAAAGGAAUACUCCACUCAAUAUUUUUUGUGUGUUACUUACCUAAUGUAGUAUGUAGUAAUGGCUGAGAUAUUGUUUAAUCCCUUGAUUUAAUGGAGAACAGAUCUUCUAACAAAAUUGGUGUCUGUGGUGGCCAGUGCUGUAAACAGCAAACAACAUCAAAAACAUCCUUUAAAAAUUUUCACAUUAAUUCUGUCCCACAAUCACUUAUCUAGUCAUCCAGACGUAUGCUCACAACAUACAAAAUUACAAGCAUUUUUUUUAUUUAUAUUUUCUGAAAAUCCAAACAAUGCACAAACAGGAAAAAUAUUCAUAAAUUAAAGACUUACCUCCCUCCUCAUUCAUUGGUCAAGAGUUCUGACAACUUAAAAGAAAACUGUCUAGAGGUGCACAACUCUGAUUUUCUAAUUGUAUUUAUUUAAAAGUAUUUUAACAAAAACUGCAUGUGUUUUUUUGCCUAUUGUGAGCAUACCAGUAGAUGACUAUGUGUGGAUUAUGCAACACAAUUAAGUCGGAGGCUUUUUUUAUGGAAGUAUUGAGUAUUGUUUGCAGUUGUCUAGUGUUGGUCACUACAUUAGGAACUUUGCUCUCCAUUAAAAUGUAAGAUUUUUUUCUCAGCCAUCAGUACAAGGUGCAUGAGGUAGAAAAACAGAUACUAAAAUUAUAAUUUUGUGCUGGAAUAGUCAUUAAAUAUAUACUAUAUAGGCAAAACUAUGUGCACAACCCUCCAAAUUAUUGAGUUCACGUGUUUCACCCAUUGGUAACGUACGUAAAAUCGGGUACAUAGCCUUGCAAACCACUAUUUAUAAAAUAUGUAUAAUUUUUUAGGUGCAGUAUUAUUUUAAUGUCAUUCCUUUUUAUUUCUUACCUAAAGUCACUAAUGGCGAAACAUCUUUUUUUUCCCAAGACAGUUAUACCAAAACCACUGUAAUGAAGUGCAGAAGCUGUUCAGUCAUCACUCAAAAGGCUGCUGUCCAAUGAAAUUGAUUUUUCAGCACGUUGGGAAGCUUGCAGAGCAUUGGCACAGCUCUCUUGGUCCUGAUUGCUUCUUCCAGGUAGUGCUGGUGAGUCCUGUAGGCUAUUUAGUGUUAUUGUUCAGUGGUUUUCAAGUUCAGUCCUUUGGAACUUUCAUAGUUGCAGGACUUUUAAUCCAAACAAUUUCACAAGAAGUACAAGAUUCUGCCUUUUAAUUGAUAUCAUUGUGUAAUCAUCUGUCUUGUGUAUAUUUCUAAGAAGUUCAUAAACAUUUGCUUUAUUUGCCAUUUAAGAAGCAUGUUUCUUUUCAAUUUACCUUUUUCUGUAGAGUGUGCCCCCUUAAUUGCAUCUAAAUUGCUGAUAAGGCAAAUUGGUGGCUUUGCGGCUAAGGAACUGUGCAAGUAUCCGAAAGGUUGCCAGUUCAAAUCCCUUUACUGCCAGAAGAGAUCCUACUCCGUUGGGCCCUUCAGCAGGGUUCUUUACCUGAAAAUUGCUCCAGAGGUGAUAUACAAUGGCUGACCCUGCACUCUUAUCUCCAAAAGUCAUGUGAAAAGACAAUUUCCCCUUUGUGAUUCAUACAGUGUACCAAAUGCAAAAAAAAAAAUUUAAAUUAAUAAUCAGUGAGCAGUGCAGGCAUGGGUGCAAACCACAAUGACUUGUUACACUUAUCUGCUCAAUAAGAAGUGUUCCUUGCAAAUGACCAAACAAUUUUAUGCCCUCUUAACAUUCAGUGGUGUCAGCAUUUGGGUGCAAAAAAGGGAGCAAACUCUGCAACAAAGGGUCCAUUAAGAAGAAUAUGGCAAAGAAAGCUUACCUACUUCAGAAUUUUCUAGUAUUAGGGAAUGAAAAGGUCAGCUCAUUAAACAAUGAGAUUAAUUGAAAAUAAAAAGACUUUGACUAGGAAAUUGGUGUGAAUAAAAACCCGCUGCCAUGGAGUUUCUAAUGACUGAACCUGGGAGCUGUUGUCAUAGUGUUCAUGUAUUCUCCGUAGCCCUGCUCAUCUCUGAAAUUAACAUUUUAAGCCCCAUCAAUUGAUUAACAUUUUGCCAGUACAGGGUGUUCAGAUUCAUAUUUCAAAUGUUGGGUUACAAAAAUGAAAAUAGCAGAAAGUCCGAUCUUAUACAAAUAAGGUGCAUGUCACCAUGGUGAGUCAGUUAAUUAUCUACUGCUACAGGCCCACCCCUAACCUGUAUCAGUUUCAGAAAAUGAAUGAAUAAAUACCUGUCUCCUACAGAGUGCAGUGCAGUGGUGCAAUACCAAAAACAGACAAUUUAAUACAAGACUGUAAGUUAAAUGAUAUUUUUACAAAUAUUUAAAAAAUAUCGUUGAUCACCUAAAUAAGGAUCAUACUUCAUCAUUUUCUAAGCUAAUCCUGUUUUUCAGUGCAUCUGAAUACAAAUAGAGCCCACAUGUAAUAAAAGUCUUGAAGAAGCAAACUUAAGUAUAAGUAGUAAAAACACAUAAUAUACCUGAUCAGUAAAAUUAAAGGGAUAAAUGUAAAUGGACAGAAGCUGUAACUGCAUAAUAAUCUUUUGAAUAACAGGAAAGAGGAUGAAAAAUAACAUGAAGAUGAAUAUGAAGUAUUAUGUACUGUGAUUCUGAGUAAGAAAUUAAAUUAAGGAGAGGAACAGACAACUAAACACUAACUGAGCUGAAUUGCAUGACUGGAUCUUAUGUCCUGAAAAACCUGUUUGUGUUCUUCCAUCCUGGAAGCAGUUAAAACUUCAUUCUUUCACUCUUUGUAAUAUUAUGAAAACAGCAAAUACCUCGAGGUUUUGGAGGCGAUUUCCACAGCGCAGUCACUGUAAACUUUUAAAGAGACCUGCAAUCUUCUCACACCAGCCUUCUUACUAUGCCAAAGCGUCACUAUGCAACUCCUGGUGGCUCCUGCUAAGUGAAUCUCUUGCUGUGCUGAGUUUGACUGAAGGAAACUCUUGGUGAAAAUUUCAAAAGAAAGACUACUUUUUCUCUCUUUUGGUUUUGGUGUUCUGUUCAAUUAUUUAAUUCUUUUAAAAUGAAAGUGUUUCUUUCUGCUGAAUUAAUUUGCAUUUGGCUAUGCAAUACUUUUUUAAUUCAUCUCCUAUGUGUCCUCAAUUUAUCAUUUAAUUUUUUUUUUAUUUUAUAAUGUCUCCUUACCCAGAGACUCUCUGCCUGCUUGAAUUAUUCUCUCAGUCCACAUAAUUUUAGUUUUAGUUUUUAUUGUAAUUUGCUUAAAUUACAUUGUAAUGGUGCUUAAUGUUAAAUAUGGUGUUCAAAAUAAAUAUUUAUUUGAAAAUUCCCUAGAAGGGUAUGCUGAGAAUAGGGUGACUAGUCUGUCCAGCUCAGUGUGUUGCCACAGUAACCCUCUUGAGGAUAACUGGGAUGGUUUGAAAAUUGGUUAGAACUGAAGCAGCUAAGUAUGACAUUACAAACAAAAAAGACAUUAAUUCAAAAAAAAUAAAAUAGGGAUGAAGACAAAGUACCCAGCCAGCACAUAAAAUAAUCUCUCAAUAUAUGCAGCUGGAAAUGCAGUUGUGUGUAACAAAAGCAUUGAAAUACAGGAACCAUGGAUUGGAUAUAACCUGUUGAGAAAAGACUGCAUCUGUACAGGAAGAACAUCUUAGCAAAUCCAUGGACUAAUUCUGGAUGAUGGACAGCUUCAUCUAGGAGGCCGUUGAAACAUGGCAUCAGUGGGCUUCACGACAUUACUGUUUGCAGUGUUGUCAGGAGGAGGUGCGGAAGGUUAUAUGGGCUAAAUUUAAUGGACGUGAUCACCUUUAUCUGCCCCAUUUUCCUCUCCAGUGCCAGAUUGUGUACUGCCUCUCUUGUGAAAUGAUUCCAUGGCUGUAAUAAAAGAAGUUUAAGCUGCUAGUCCGUAAGGCUUUAUGCUGGAUCAUUAAACUGGAGCACCACUUAAUCACAUUGGUUUGAUAAAAAACAUUAAAAGCUUCUUUAAGAGACGAGUGCAGCUUCACCUCAGAUGAACUUUUGUCUCCCUUUUCCACCAAAUAAGGAGACACCUUAAGGCUGAAUAUACAAUAUGAACUUUUUGGCUUUCCUGAAAUUACCCAGUUUCAUGAUGUAAUCACUUUAAGUGACUGUUUUGAUUUUUUUUGGCAUGCAAAAGUCUAAAUAUGUAUAUAAGGAAUGUAUAAAUGUAAUAUGCUUGUAUAUGUGUAUUUACGUGAUUGUUUUAUUCUUCUCAUAUGUAAAAAUUGUGUGUAUUGUUGCCAUUACAAAUGUACUGGCAUUGUAACAAGAUGCCUCCUAUUGGUCGCUCCAACCUAUAAUAAAAUAGGAAAAAUAACAAAUGAUGUGUGUUUAAAAAAAAAUAAAAA